AAAGGACAAAAUCAAUAAACGAAACGAGACUGACAGCGACGUAAGGUUUGAAACAAGACGGACUUAUCAUUAUUAUCGUAAGUUAAGUCAGUGUCACAGGAUAUGGUAUAUGUGGGCUGAAUCCGCAUUACUUCUCAGCUUUAAUACAGGAAGGUUACAAAGUGGCGUUAAUCUAGCAUAGUGUCAGCAAUUCAACAUCAUAACUUUCCUUCCUCCCACGAAGGUAGUGUGUUGAAAUUUCUUAAAGGAUUAUUUUUGUCCGCAGUCUUACCUGGGAUAGUCAUCAGUGAUGGGUGAUAUGGAUAACGCUACGUUACUUUUACAUCAGAAAUAUAACUUCAGUUACGCGUAUUUCUACGAAGGUGAUCUGGAACAACUUCGCAAACCAUGGGUGCGAGAACCCCAUUUUAUACCCAUGGUAGUCGUGUACAGUAUCACCUUUGUUUUAGGAUUAUUUGGCAAUAUUGUGGUUAUAGCCGUGAUGUGUUGUGGACAUGGAGCAAAAUGCGUCACUUUUCCAUGUUUAUUGAGCAUGGCAUGGGCCGAUGUUCUUUUUCUUCUCGUCUGUGUUCCAGCGGAAGUGGGGAGACAUUUUAUCGGACAUUGGGAAUUAAGUAACUUUCUGUGUAAAUUAUCAGGAUUUGUGGAAAUGAUGUCUGCAACAGCAACUGUUUUUAACCUGAUACUAAUUAGUGCUGAAAGGUAUUUCGCAAUUGCCCAUCCACUGACAUCUAAGAUCAUAUGUACUAAAAAAUAUACGAAAAUCGCCUUAGUAACUACGUGGAUAGGCGCCAUUUUACUUUCAUCGCCAUCUUUUAUUGUAAUGGAUACAGAAACCAAUCUGUAUUAUAACAAUGCUUCGUCUGUGGCCGUUACUCUUUGUGGCGAUGCUGGCAUUCCCGAUUCAGGACGUUUACCAUAUGCAGUCUUUCAGUUGUGUCUCUUAUUUGCAAUUCCCGCCAUCAUCGUGGUCUUCUGCUACUCAAGAGUUAUUUGGAUUCUUUGGCACAGCACUAAGCAAUUACAGUACAUGGCAUCUACCCAAAAAUGUACCAGUCAACGUAAUGGUGUUACAAGAGAGAACGGUCAGUGGAGCAGAAGUUUAAAUGAUAGCUCUGCCAGCAACCCAUUACGUGGCGGUUCUUCUAAUGGAAAACAGCAUUUGGAUCCAGCCUUACAAUCAAGGCAACAGGUAAUAAAGAUGUUGGUGGUAAUAAUCACAGUUUUUCUCGUCAGCUGGGGUCCGAAGUUGGUGUUCCAUGUACUUAAAAAGUAUCGUAUAUUCAGCUUCUAUUCAUCGGGUGUAUUUGUAGCUAUAGUUGUAUUUAAUCUACUACCAUAUGUUCAAUCAAGUUUAAAUCCUGUAAUCUACAUCAUCAUGUCGAAAUCUAUCCGUAAAUCAAUCUGUAAAUCCUUACCAACACCACUGAUUAAACUGUGUUCGCGAUGUGGUAGAGAUUCUCCCAAUAGCAUGAUGAUGAUGAAUUCCACGAUGCCUCCAACUCAGACACUAAAAACUACUAUGGACACCUGCAGGAUGUAUGGAGCUGGUGGACAAACGGCUGAUCUCUAGAUGGUAUAAUUCCUUGAAGUGAACUAGGAGACGAACAUGGCCUUUCAUGCGAAUAUUAUUAAUCUCUUUUGUUAUGACAGCAAGCUAACAACUGAGACCUUGGUUGUUGAUUAAUUUGAAUUUUUUCUUCUGAAACCACAAGGAACUGGGGUUUUAUCGGAUGAUCUCAAAUAGUGUUUGUUGGGUUCAGUUGGUGUGCAUCAAAAACUUCUAUAGAUUUGGGUUAAUCCAUCUGGGACAAAAUAAAUUGUGACUUUUUUAUAUCAAAUGAACCAUCAAACGUAUAUCAAUUCCUAUAUUUUAGGGUUGAGUUAGAUUGUGUGUUCAUAAAGGGUAUUCACAGCUUUGUGACCUUUGACUAACCAGAUAAACAUACAUCUCCUUUAUAGUGUCUGUUUGAUCGGGUGUUCAUGACAAAGUGACAAUGAUCAGAGAUUUUAAAUAAACUUACAAUAUUGGAUUAACAUCAUGGGGCAUAUGGAAUAUAGGAAUGCAAAGAAGUGUGUGCGAAGUUUUUUUUAUUAUAAUGUCGACUGAAGCAUUUAGACAAUGGUCCCAAGAAGAUGCUCAUCUGUUUAACAUACAUUGUAUGUUUAUACUUUAGUGCUAUAAUAUUUAUUAUAUUACAAUGGAUUUGUAUAUAUUAAUGUAUUAAUUUUAAUACUAAUGUAUAGUGUGCAAUAUUUCUUUGCUUUGUGUACACGUAAAUGACGACCAAUUAAAAGAACCCCAUUUAAGUUAAUGCUUUAGUCGUUUGGGUGCCUUGGGUUAGGUGCUUCUAAAACUAUCUCGCAUACAUUGUUAUUAUUUAUUGAUGAUUUCAUGGUGGUUUGUUUUUAAGAGAAAUUUGGUGACAUUUUAUCUGUAGAAACAGACUGAUAUAGAAACAUAAAAUUAUUUGUCAAGUGUUUUUUCUUGAUCGGAAACAAAAAUAAAUAUUUGGUAAUUGGAUACUGGUAGGCAACAUUGAGUUAAAAUAUAUUUUGAAUAACUAUUUUGUCUUUGGACAAUAUAACCUAUUUGAUGAGUAGAAUAACUGUAUAUAUUUUCUACAUGCAUCGUUUAUCUAAUAUAUAUGUAGUGCGUUAUAUAUCUAUAAUAUUCAACUAGAAAAAGUAAUUAACUUGUUUUAGUAAUUACCAGGUGAUCUGAUGAUAAACUGGCUUUUGUCUAAGAAAUAAACAAUAGAAAACAAAAUAUUAAUCAAUAUAGAUAAUUAAUACCUAUAUUACCUGAGGUUUUAUUAGAUUUUCACCUGACUGAUUACAAUAUGUUAACCUAGAAAUUACUCUCUUUCAUAUCAUUUUCUGUCAACUUAUUAUAAUAUGGAAGAUCGCUGGAGAUUUAUACUAUAUUAAUUAAUGUAGCUCUGUGUUGAUCUGUGGGUAGUUGCCAGUUAUCUACUCAUUCUGUGCACAAGAUAUCAGACAAAAUUAGUCAGGAAGUAUCAUGCUGUGUGUGAUAUUUUUUUACAUGUUAUAUUUAAUUUCAGCGUUGAUGUUAUAAUGGUAUAUUAAACAUGCCUUAUGCAGCGCAAAAUUUGUCUAUUGCAUGUCUUUCUAUAGACCUGACAAGUUAUCAAAAUUAUUAAUUAGAGAUUAAUUAACUUACCAAGAUCAUAAUCAUAAUCAACUCUCGAUGCCAUCGGAUGCCUGCGAUUUUUCAUUGAUUCAAAUACGUUUUGUGGUGGAUGCAGUUACCGUAAAAAUGGAUAAUCGAAACUUUGUUUAUUAUUGUAACAACAGUAUUAAUGACAAUCGAGGCUAGCCUUUAAUUAUAUCGCUCAGAUUGAAGUAAUUUGGCUGAAAAUUUCAAAAUAUCCUUUUUCCAUUAUGUAUUCUUUAACUACUAUAGCGAGAAAUGUCAGUUUAUUUAAUCUUACCUAAUCCUGCUUUAAGUAUGGAAAAUAUCAAACCAUUUUUCUCGUCUUUGCUACAGGCGUGUUAUCAUUAUGGAUAGCAUGUAUGAAUAAAUGGAAUAGUUAAAUUAGAAAAUGAUAUGAAUUAUUGUAAUUGAAGGUGGGAUAUGUUAUAUAUUGUGAAAUUUAAAAUCAAUUCUUUCCCGCGGUCGAAUCAGAAUACAUGACGCCUUUUGUUUUUAUCUAGUAAUUACUUGUAUUUGCAACAGUUUGUACCAUAAUUACAACUUAUACAUAACCUAAUAUUUACCAGCAUGUUUCUAAAUUCAAUAAAAAAAAUACACUUAAUGCCUAGGUCCCACCGGGGAAAAAUCAUCGGUAAUGUGGAAAUAAAUAAAUUUUCUCCCGAUGACUCCCGAUGCUAUCGAUGUUUUUGGCCAAAAAACGGAAUAGUCCCAUGAGAAAUGGCACUUAUUAGGCAUCGGGUAUGGUCCGGUGGACGUUCACUGAUUCUUCGGCUAUGAUCACAAAGCGUCUGAGAAAGUCACCCGAACAAUUGUCGUGAUUCAUCGGGGAUGGUCCUCAAUAAUCGGGAAAGCUCAAAAGUGAAUAGUCUUGCCGGUAGAUCUCAGUCUCGUGCCUGGUGGCAUAUCGGCGGCACUUAUACCUAGGUUCCACUCGGCAUUUUUUGCCUCGGCGAUGUACUACCGAUUGAAAUUAACGAGACUCGGGAGGCGUCUGAAAAACAUAUUUCGCGGAAGCUACCAGGUAAACAUUCCCGGAGCAUCCCUGUGGGUCUAGAAGGCUGUGGGGAUGCCUCUCCGGUCUCUCGCAGUUCUCCCGAGGCCUCCCGAUGGUUCCCGAGUCUCGUCAAUUCAUCCGUAGUACAUCCCCAAGGCAAAAAAAAAAAAAAAAUUCCCAGUGAGACCUAAGCAUUAAGCAACUACUUUUUAUACUAUUAACGUACUUGGGAAAUUAUAAUACACACAUUUAGUAUUGUAAUGCAUGAAAAUCGUUUUUAGUGAGGUGGGUCAGGUAUGCACAAUAGUACUAUAUCUUGUAUUGUUUCUGUAAUAUUUCCAAGCAUAUGCGUACACCGACCCCAGCCCCCCAAAAAGCUUUAUUAUGAAACGACUUUUAUAAUUAUGUUACGGAAAUAUGUAACUAUCUCCACGUAUAAUACGUGAGUAUCGGGGAAAUUUUGUUGAGUAAGAAUUGUUAAGAAGGAAAUAGGAUGCAGCCGAUUUCCGGGGCGAAUUUUGAGAGGGGUUAAUCAAUCUGUCAUUGCGCAUAAAAUAAAGCAAAAUACGACCAUAUCCGUUUUAAAGACAAGCCAGACGAAUUUGAGACUCUUUACUACACAUAACAUGAUUUACCCUGUAGGUUUUUCCCUUCAGUUAUGCAAUGAUUAAGAUGUAACUGUUCUAUAGAAUAAAUCUGUUUAAAAAUCGAACAACGGAAAUUAGGCAACCUCAUAUGAAUCACGGCAUUAAUUUCAGACAGACCACUUCUCGACUUUAAAACAGUGAUAAACAUGUGUUCUGAUUAGACUGUCCAUGAUCGGAAUCAGUAUUGCGAUAAAUGAUUAUAACAUAUUCGAUUAUGUACGAUGACUUUUCAGAUAUCCUCCGUUACAUCGGAUCAUGAUUUAACUAAUUAUUACAAUUCUUAAAGUCUUAAAGGUUUCUACCCUUAAUACUUUUUAAUUUAUCAGUCUUACUGUUAUUGAACUAUUUUUUUUUUUAGUAUCUUAACAUCAAAACAAUUGUAUUUGAAUAAUACCGUAUAUAUGCCGAUUUGAUUCAUAGUUUGACUUGGCUGUUUCUAACGCUGGGACCCCAGCGUUACUCGUCUUGUUGGUCUUGUUGAUAUGACGUCACAAUUCCAAGAUGUAGGUCCAUAGUACGUUCGUGCUGGUUCAAUAAAUGUCUUAAAAAUAUAUUUUGUUUUUAAACAUCGGUUGGUUUUCUGAGAACUUUCAACAUAUUAACUGUCAAGUGUUAAUGAUGUUAUUUAAAACCAAUUAAAUGUUUUGUUUUUAAACUCUUUUGAAACUUUAAAUUUUAAUUUUUGCAACCAACAUCUGUUUUUAUAAAAUAUGAAUAAUACCAUGUACAUUGUUUAUAUAUACAUUAUUCCCAGUAGCUUUUAAUAUUGUUGUUGUUUAUAAAUAAUACAUUGUGUUAAAUAGUUUACUAAAAUCAAUUUAUCAUUUUUAUCAUGUUAUUUAUUUACAUGCAAGCGUU